AGAAAAAGAGAGAGAAAGAGAAAGAGAAGUGAAUCUUUUCUGUUGUGUAACGUUGGGUAAACGUCGUUGACUCAUUCGGCUUUUAGACUUUCUUAGAUCAUGUUAACCUUUUUUCACUUGUUUCUUUUUUAGAAAAUAACAAUUAAUUGUUUUUCCUUAAAUUAUGUUCACUGUUUUUCUUUUUUCAUCAUUUGUUCUUUAAUCUGAUUGAUAACUUUAAAGUUUUUCUCUUCUUUGCCUGUUAUUUGUGUAUUACCAAAGUGAUUUGAUUGAAAGAGUUUAAAGAAAUGGUUUUCGAUUUGUUAAGUUCCCUUAGGGGAAUCGCUAAAUUGGACCAAGUGAGAAUUGAUAACAAUGCUUUUCGUUUACAUUAUAAGGCAACGGUUAUCCUUUUGGUUGCUUCCAGUAUUCUGGUCACUGGUAGACAAUAUUUCGGUGAUCCCAUUGAUUGUAUUCAGAGGGAUGAUAUUCCUCAGAAUGUGAUGGAUACUUUUUGUUGGAUUCAUUCAACGUUCACCCUGCCCAAUGCUCUGGGUAAACAAGUUGGUGUUGAUGUGGUCGCUCCAGGAGUGGAUAAUUAUAAGCCCGGGGAGAAAAGAGUUUACCAUCGUUACUAUCAGUGGGUUUGUUUUGUUCUCUUCUUCCAGGCCAUUUUCUUUUAUAUUCCUCGUUAUUUGUGGAAAAUUUGGGAAGGUGGACGAUUAAGGUCACUUGUUUUAAGCCUACGAAAUCCCGUUCUUGGUUCAGAUGAACGAUCGGAACAAAUUGCUCUUCUAACACACUACCUCAAGACUAAUAUGCGCUAUCAUGAUUCCUAUUUUGCUUGUUUCGUUUUCUGUGAGAUACUCAAUUUCAUCAAUGUUAUCUUUCAAAUGUACAUUGUCGAUGCUUUUCUCGGAGGUGCCUUUUCGACUUAUGGCCUUGAAGUUCUUAAAUACAGUGAAAUGGAUCCCGAAACUCGAGUCGAUCCAAUGGUUAAAGUUUUCCCUCGAGUAACUAAGUGCACUUUCCAUCGAUAUGGUUCAUCGGGAGAUGUUCAAAGACACGAUUCACUUUGUAUUCUUCCCUUGAAUAUAAUUAAUGAGAAAAUUUAUAUUUUCCUUUGGUUCUGGUUUGUCAUCUUAGCUGUUGUCUCUGCUUGGGUUAUCAUUGAGCGAAUGUUGAUCAUCUGUUUCCCGCAUUUUCGAUAUCUUUACCUACGAUCAGCUGCUCGACUUGCCAAUCGUAAUCAUUUAACUGAUGUACUUGAUCAUGCUCGAAUUGGUGAUUGGUUUAUCCUCCAUCUAUUGGCAAAGAAUCUUGACUCACUUCACUUUAGGGAGCUUAUUAAAGAGCUACGAUCAUCUCUCUCAGAAGAAGGUGAAAAAUUCAAACCUCGAAAUUCAAUUGAAACUGAUUUCACUUCCAAAUGAGACUGAAGAGUUAAUUCUGUUAACUAAUUACAUUCAAAAUUUGUACACAAAGUCAUUUAUAAGUGUUAUUAUUUUUUCUUCUUCUUCUUCAUCCUCAUCUAAAUCACCGGAAUGGUUCAGAUUCAAGGAAAUUAUUAUUAUUAUUAUCAAUUGUGUUCCAGUUUUCUCAUUUCUCAUAAUUUUCUUUGUUACAACAACCAUGUAAAUACAUGAAAGAAAAACAAUAACAAUCAACCAACGAUUGAAUAAUUUACAUAAAAACAAAUUGUUAGAUUAUAAUAAUAUGAUCGAUAAUUUUGUAAUCAAUUCAAUAACAAACAACUCGACAAAAAUAUUAUAUUAAUAAACUAAUCUUGUAACUAAA